CUUAGCAGACCCCUUUUCCUUCCAGAAACCGUCUGGCCUCUCCUCCACCAUGGCCAAAGGAUUCUUUAUCAGCAAGACACUGGGGAUCGUGGGCAUCGUUCUCGGCCUGGGGGCGGUGGCCACCAUCAUUGCCCUCUCAGUUCUUUACUCCCAGGAGAAGCAACGGGCAGAUGGCCCUUUGCCCAACCUGGCCCCAAACAGCACCAUCACGGCUGCCACAGCCAGCACCACCACAGCCAGCACCACCAGCACCACCACAGCCAGCGCCGCCAACGCCACCACAGCCAGCGCCGCCAGCGACAUCACAGCCAGCGCCGCCAGCGACAUCACAGCCAGCGCCGCCAGCGACAUCACAGCCAGCGCCACCACAGCCAGCACCGCCAGCACCACCACAGCCAAGCCUCUGGCCCCUUGGGAGCACAUGCGGUUGCCCAAAGCCUUGAUGCCCACACACUACACCAUCAGCCUGCAGCCAUUCCUGACGCCGGAUAGCCAAGGCCUCUACAUUUUCAAAGGCAACAGCACAGUGUGGUUCCAGUGUGUGGAGCCCACUGACCUCAUAAUCAUCAACAGCAAAAAGCUGAAUUACACUCAGCAGGCGGGGUUCCUUGUGUCCGUGCGCGGAAUUGACACCGCCUCGCCUGCCGUCCUCCGUACCUGGCUAGAGGAGAAGACCGAGUACUUGGUGGUAAAACUCAAAGAAAAUCUCCAGAAGAAUAAGUUGUAUGAACUGCACAGCAGCUUCACUGGGGAACUGGCAGAUGAUCUGGCCGGCUUCUACCGCAGUGAAUAUACGGAAGAUGGGAAAACCAAGGUGGUGGCUACAACACAGAUGCAGGCUGCUGAUGCCCGCAAAGCUUUUCCUUGCUUUGAUGAGCCAGCCAUGAAGGCCGUCUUCUCCAUCACUCUGAUUCACUUGCCUACGUAUGGAGCGCUCUCCAAUAUGCAUAUUAACAACACUGAAGACAUAAUACAGAAUGGGGCAACCUGGAGGCGGACUGAAUUUUCCCCCACCCCCAAGAUGUCUACCUAUUUGGUUGCUUUUAUUGUCAGCCAGUUUGAGCAAGUGAAUACUACCGAGAAUGGCACUCUGAUCCGGGUCUGGGGCCGUCCCAAGGCCAUCGAGGAGGACCAGGGCAGCUAUGCGCUCAAUGUCACUUGGCCCAUUCUCAGCUUCUUCAACCAGCAGUACAACAUACCUUAUCCUCUGGGCAUGUUAGACCAGGUUGCCCUUCCAGAUUUCAAUGCUGGAGCAAUGGAGAAUUGGGGAUUGAUCACAUACCGCGAGAGUGCGCUACUCUUUGACCCUGGUUUCUCUUCCAUUGGCAACAAGGAACGGAUUGUGACAGUGAUUGCUCACGAAGUUGCCCACCAGUGGUUCGGAAACCUGGUGACCCUUGAGUGGUGGAAUGACCUGUGGUUAAAUGAGGGGUUUGCAUCGUAUGUGGAAUAUCUCGGUGCGCAUGCAGCUGAAUCCACGUGGAACAUUGAAGACCUGAUUGUAUCAAACGACAUGUACCGCGUGAUGGCCAUCGAUGCCCUGGCUUCCUCACAUCCACUCUCCAGCCCUGCAGGUGAAAUCAACACCCCGGCUCAGAUCAGCGAAGUGUUCGAUUCCAUUUCCUACAGUAAGGGGGCAUCUGUGCUCCGAAUGCUCUCGGAAUUCCUCACCAAAGACGUGUUCAAUGAAGGACUGCAUUCAUACUUUAAGACCUACAAAUAUGGAAAUACGGUGUCUGAUGACCUCUGGAAUGAACUGCAGUCGGUGGUGAAGAAGAAGAACAUUAGUCUCCCAGAUACCAUCAAGACCAUCAUGGACCGUUGGACCUUGCAGAUGGGCUUUCCGGUUCUCACCGUUAAUACCUCCACAGGCAUCAUCACCCAGAAACAUUUUCUGCUGGACCCAGGAACUCCUGUUGAGAGACCCUCACCAUUCAAUUACACCUGGAUCGUUCCUGUCCCAUGGCUAAGUCAAGGAAAGCAGACAGACACAUACUGGCUCACAAAAACCUCAGCCACGUAUAGCAACUUCUCAACUUCUGCUGGCCCUGCCAAGUGGCUGCUACUCAAUGUUAAUGUCACAGGCUACUUCCGGGUAAACUAUGACUUGGAAAACUGGGAGAAGCUCAUGGAUCAGCUGAAUCAGGACCCUCAGGAGAUCCCAAUUCUGAACCGUGCCCAGAUCAUUGAUGAUGCCUUCAACCUGGCCAGAGCCAAGUUAAUCGGUAUGGACCUGGCCCUGAACACCACCCGCUACCUGGCCAGGGAGAGGGAGUACCUUCCUUGGGACGCAGCCCUGGACAACCUGGGUUACUUCCGACUCAUGUUUGACCGCAGCGAAGUCUACGGGCCUAUGCAGAGAUACAUCCAGAACCAGGUCACCCCUUUGUUUGAGUACUUUUGGAACCUCACUGCUAACUGGACCCAAAUCCCAACGGGCUUGAUGGAUCAAUACAAUGAGAUCCUAGCCAUCAACACAGCCUGCUCCUACGGCGUCCCUGAGUGUGAGAAGCUGGCCUCCUCCUGGUUUGAGUCCUGGAGACUAAACCCCAGCAAAAACAUGAUCCCACCGAACCUGCGCUCCGCCAUCUACUGCAGCGCCAUCAGCACAGGCAGCGUGAAGGCCUGGGACUUUGGCUGGAAGAUGUUCAGGAAUGCCACGGUGGUCUCAGAGGCUGACAAACUUCGCCAGGCCCUGACCUGCAGCCAGACCCCCUGGAUCCUUAAGAGAUACCUCCAGUACACCCUGGACCCCACCAAGAUCCGCCGCCAAGACGCCACUGCCACCAUCAACAGCAUUGCCCGCAACGUGGCUGGGCAAGGGCUGGCCUGGGACUUUGUACGCAUGAACUGGAGGACCCUCUUCAGCCAGUUCGGGACGGGCUCCUUCUCUUUCUCGAGCAUCAUUCAGACGGUGACUCAGAGGUUUGCGUCCACAUUUGAACUUCAACAGCUGGAGCAGUUCAAGGCAGAGAAUGCUGACGUGGGGUUUGGCUCGGCCACCCGGGCGCUCGAGCAGGCCCUGGAGAGGACAAAGGCCAACAUCAAGUGGGUGGCAGAGAACAAGGCGCUCGUCCUGAAGUGGUUUGAGGAGAAUUCAUAGAGGAUCCUCUCUGCAGCUGAGCCGGUGCCAGCGGCAGAGGUGUGGGCUCCAGCCAGGAUGCGGGCCUCCUCAAUGUUCAGCACCCCGAUGAAGCGGCCUCCCGGUUCGCUGCAAUGUCUCCCUGGCCCCGGCAGCUUCCCCAGUCCUGUCGCUGCUGCUGUGGCCUCCAUGAUGCUUUGCCGUCAGGCUCCGCUUUUCUCUCCAGGCACCAGAAGGCAGAGGAGCCGGUGGGCUGUGACUCUCUCUGCCACGGAAGGGCCCUGCUAUAAUUUUGUAACCCCAGCAUUGUAAAUUAAAGAAUUUUUAAUUGUA